UUCUUCCUCAUUCUAUUUCCUUAUUCGCCGUAACAAAUAAGCAGCAAAGCUCCCACACUCCUCCGUCAGCUCUGCACCGUCUGAUACAAUCCUAAUCGGACGGCCAAUGCAGUAGCUCUACACGAUCAUCAUCUCUUCAGCUAGGUGUCUAGCCAAUCUGGGUUGGCCAAGUAGAAGUUGCCCUGCAUAAGGUUGUUGGCAUAUGAUGGACAUGACAUGGCUCAGCGCCAUUUUAGUCGGGGCAGGCUGCCUUGCUUUGGGAUAUCUCUUUGGUACAAAGUAUCCGGGUGUUAUAAAGUUCAAGGCCAAAAGUGCCACAAAUACUGCAGUUAUUAAUGGAAAGAAGACCCGGGCCAAACCACCUCUUGAGGUUGAAAAGCUGGCUGAAAUCCUUGAAGAUUUCAAAAUGGUUUUAGUUGUGAGGAAUGACUUGAAGAUGGGGAAAGGGAAAAUUGCUGCUCAGUGCAGUCAUGCAACACUGGGUCUAUACAAGAAGAUCCUUCACCGAGCGCCAAAAGCUUUAAAUAGGUGGGAGAUGUGUGGCCAAGUUAAGGUCGUCGUGAAAAUUGAUAGCGAAGAUGAUAUGCUGGUUCUACAAGAACGAGCUAAAUCUCUCAACAUACCCACCCAUAUUGUCAUUGAUGCUGGACGGACACAGAUUGCCCCAAAUUCAAGGACGGUGAUGGCUGUUCUUGGCCCUGCUGAGUUAGUUGAUGAUGUAACUGGUGGGUUGAAGCUUUUGUAGUGAUAGCUUCACUGUUAAGGAUGUUAUUUAUCCCAGAGUGGAAGCUUUAGCAGCAGCAGCAUCUAUUUUACUUUCCCAGGGCCUCCAAAUAGUGGAACUACUUUAAGGUAUCUCAAUUAUGGUGAUUGUUCCAAAUUUCUUUUCCUUGAGAAUCCCCUCACUCCUCUUUCUGAUUGUUGGUGAUAAUGGCGAAAAAACUGUGUAGCUUCUUUGGUCUCAAGUGUACUGCUGAGCGAGACUUAUAACAAAUCUGGAGCUAGCUUUUAGUAUGAAUCCUAAACUAGUAACUGUUUUAUAAACCCGGAAGUUUGAAUUGUUUAUUUAUAUGUUGCACAAUUUUAUUA